AUGUUCGCAGCAGACGAUGACCAGGAGCGUCAGCAAUGGGUUCAAUCAAUUUACCGAGCCACUGGACAGACAUACAAGCCGAUACCACCUGCCAAAAGCACACCCCCAACAGCAGCCCCUAACGGAGCAGCAGGGAGCCAGUCUGGAGGAGGCCCAGUCGGUGGACCGUACGGAAAAGGCAGGACACAAAAUGGUAAGCGAUGA